CAUGGAGCUCAACCCUACUGGAUCAACUAUUUCAGAGAGUACAACAAUUGGAACAACAUUGUUAACAUUGGCUGCCACUGAUGCUGAUCAGGGGUCCAUUGGUGAUAGCUCAAUUACAUAUUCAAUUGUCAGUGCUGAGGAUCAAGCUGCAGUAUCAACAAUGAAUCUAUUCAAAGUUGGGCCAUCAUCUGGACAUCUACAACUUGUAGCCUCAUUGGAUAGAGAUGCAGGGGUAACAGAACACCGGCUUGUUGUAAAAGCAGCAGAUUCUGGUGCAUCAGUCCUGAUUGCAGAAAGUGCAGCUGUUGGAACAACUGUUUUGUCAUUAACUGCUUCAGAUUUGGAUGCAACUUCUACUUUUGCUUUCAGUUUUGGAACUGGUAAUGAAUUGGAUCAUUUUGAAAUAACAACUUCCUCUAACAAUGGCCAUGUGAAAAUAAAAAGUACUAUUGAUCCUGAUGGUGGAAGUCCACCUUCUUUCUAUACAUUGCAGGUUAAAGUGACUGAUGGGUCAUCUACACCAGCAGCACUCACUUCUACAGCCACCAUUCAGAUUUCAAUAUUGGAUAUAAAUGAUAAUAAUCCAUCAUUCUCUCCAGCUCCAGCACCAUACAAUUUGCCAGAAAAUACUCCAGCAGGAACAACAAUAAUAACCCUUGUGGCCACUGAUGAUGACUUUAAUAGUGAACUAACAUUUUCAGAAGGAACUGGUGAUACAAAUGAUAACUUUGCCAUUCAAAGUGAUGGAAAGAUUGUUCUCCUCAAACAAAUUGACUAUGAUACAAUGGGAGUUAGCAAAAUAAUUAACCUCCAAGCAAUUGUUAGUGAUGGCUCAAAUACAGCAACUGCUACUGCUCAGAUUACAGUUACUGAUGUGUCUGAUUUAACACCAAGCUGCAACCCAGCUGCUGUAUCCGCAAACAUCAGUGAGACAGCAUCUGUCAAUGAUGCAGUUGUUCAAUUGUCCUGCUCUGAUGAUGGCAGUUUAACAUAUUCUAUUGCUAGUGGAAAUACAAACACAGCAUUCAAGUUUGUAAGUAAUGAAAUUCAAGUAAAUGAUAUUGGAGCUGGUUCUACAGCCUUAGACUAUGAUGCUGGAGUGAAAGUGUACAAUUUGAUUGUUGAUGUUUCUGAUGGAACUAAUACAAUCAAUGUACCAGUAACAAUAUCAAUAAAUCCAGUUGAUGAAGGAGCACCAACUUUCACUAAUACAGCAGUGAAUGUCAAUGAAAAUGAGGUGGUUGGCUUUAGUGUUGCAACUUUUGCAGCAUCUGAUGUUGAUGCAAGAAAUAGCGAAGGAAAGUUUGUUAUAAAUCCAUCUACUGGAGAAGUGUCUUUAAAAGACACUUUAGAUUAUGAGACAACCACCACAUAUGCUUUGACUAUACAAGCAGAUGAUGGCACUUGCAACUGGAAGUGUGCAACAACUUAUACUUUGAUUAUAACAUUGACCGAUAAUGGAGGUGUCAGUCCAUCAAAUACUGGAACUGUUACAGCUAUAGUCAAUGUUGCCCCAAUGAAUGAUAAUACUCCUGCAUGGAGCUCAACCCCUACUGGAUCAACUAUUUCAGAGAGUACAACAAUUGGAACAACAUUGUUAACAUUGGCUGCCACUGAUGCUGAUCAGGGGUCCAUUGGUGAUAGCUCAAUUACAUAUUCAAUUGUCAGUGCUGAGGAUCAAGCUGCAGUAUCAACAAUGAAUCUAUUCAAAGUUGGGCCAUCAUCUGGACAUCUACAACUUGUAGCCUCAUUGGAUAGAGAUGCAGGGGUAACAGAACACCGGCUUGUUGUAAAAGCAGCAGAUUCUGGUGCAUCAGUCCUGAGUGUGACUGCAUCCUUGACACUUACAAUAUCAGAUUAUAAUGAAUUCACACCAACAUUUGAUCAUUUAUUAUACAAUACAACAGUUGCAGAAAGUGCAGCUGUUGGAACAACUGUUUUGUCAUUAACUGCUUCAGAUUUGGAUGCAACUUCUACUUUUGCUUUCAGUUUUGGAACUGGUAAUGAAUUGGAUCAUUUUGAAAUAACAACUUCCUCUAACAAUGGCCAUGUGAAAAUAAAAAGUACUAUUGAUCCUGAUGGUGGAAGUCCACCUUCUUUCUAUACAUUGCAGGUUAAAGUGACUGAUGGGUCAUCUACACCAGCAGCACUCACUUCUACAGCCACCAUUCAGAUUUCAAUAUUGGAUAUAAAUGAUAAUAAUCCAUCAUUCUCUCCAGCUCCAGCACCAUACAAUUUGCCAGAAAAUACUCCAGCAGGAACAACAAUAAUAACCCUUGUGGCCACUGAUGAUGACUUUAAUAGUGAACUAACAUUUUCAGAAGGAACUGGUGAUACAAAUGAUAACUUUGCCAUUCAAAGUGAUGGAAAGAUUGUUCUCCUCAAACAAAUUGACUAUGAUACAAUGGGAGUUAGCAAAAUAAUUAACCUCCAAGCAAUUGUUAGUGAUGGCUCAAAUACAGCAACUGCUACUGCUCAGAUUACAGUUACUGAUGUGUCUGAUUUAACACCAAGCUGCAACCCAGCUGCUGUAUCCGCAAACAUCAGUGAGACAGCAUCUGUCAAUGAUGCAGUUGUUCAAUUGUCCUGCUCUGAUGAUGGCAGUUUAACAUAUUCUAUUGCUAGUGGAAAUACAAACACAGCAUUCAAGUUUGUAAGUAAUGAAAUUCAAGUAAAUGAUAUUGGAGCUGGUUCUACAGCCUUAGACUAUGAUGCUGGAGUGAAAGUGUACAAUUUGAUUGUUGAUGUUUCUGAUGGAACUAAUACAAUCAAUGUACCAGUAACAAUAUCAAUAAAUCCAGUUGAUGAAGGAGCACCAACUUUCACUAAUACAGCAGUGAAUGUCAAUGAAAAUGAGGUGGUUGGCUUUAGUGUUGCAACUUUUGCAGCAUCUGAUGUUGAUGCAAGUCCACACAAUGUUCAAAAGUACUCAAUUACCUCAGGAAAUAGCGAAGGAAAGUUUGUUAUAAAUCCAUCUACUGGAGAAGUGUCUUUAAAAGACACUUUAGAUUAUGAGACAACCACCACAUAUGCUUUGACUAUACAAGCAGAUGAUGGCACUGCAACUGGAAGUGGUAUCUUGACAGUCAAUGUUCAAGAUAUAAAUGAUAACACUCCUAGCUGUCCAAAAUCUUUAUACAUUCCUACUGCAGUAAAUGAAAAUGAAGCAAGUGACACUUUGGUUUUGAAUUUAACAGAAUGUAGUGAUCCUGAUACUUCAUCAAAUUUUGGAUCAAUUACUAUGUCUAUAACUGGAGAUAAUGGUCGAUUUGCUGUAUCCAACAUGUUAAUUAAAACUACUUCAACACCACUUGAUUAUGAAAGUGCAACAACUUAUACUUUGAUUAUAACAUUGACCGAUAAUGGAGGUGUCAGUCCAUCAAAUACUGGAACUGUUACAGCUAUAGUCAAUGUUGCCCCAAUGAAUGAUAAUACUCCUGCAUGGAGCUCAACCCCUACUGGAUCAACUAUUUCAGAGAGUACAACAAUUGGAACAACAUUGUUAACAUUGGCUGCCACUGAUGCUGAUCAGGGGUCCAUUGGUGAUAGCUCAAUUACAUAUUCAAUUGUCAGUGCUGAGGAUCAAGCUGCAGUAUCAACAAUGAAUCUAUUCAAAGUUGGGCCAUCAUCUGGACAUCUACAACUUGUAGCCUCAUUGGAUAGAGAUGCAGGGGUAACAGAACACCGGCUUGUUGUAAAAGCAGCAGAUUCUGGUGCAUCAGUCCUGAGUGUGACUGCAUCCUUGACACUUACAAUAUCAGAUUAUAAUGAAUUCACACCAACAUUUGAUCAUUUAUUAUACAAUACAACAGUUGCAGAAAGUGCAGCUGUUGGAACAACUGUUUUGUCAUUAACUGCUUCAGAUUUGGAUGCAACUUCUACUUUUGCUUUCAGUUUUGGAACUGGUAAUGAAUUGGAUCAUUUUGAAAUAACAACUUCCUCUAACAAUGGCCAUGUGAAAAUAAAAAGUACUAUUGAUCCUGAUGGUGGAAGUCCACCUUCUUUCUAUACAUUGCAGGUUAAAGUGACUGAUGGGUCAUCUACACCAGCAGCACUCACUUCUACAGCCACCAUUCAGAUUUCAAUAUUGGAUAUAAAUGAUAAUAAUCCUUCAUUUUCACCAUCAGUCUUUUCGCAUUCUAUCCCUGAAAGUUUGAGUGUUGGUAGCACUGUUUUAACAACUGCAACUGCAACUGAUGACGAUUUUAAUGCUAAUUUGAUUUAUGUCAAAGGAGUUGGCGAUAGUGACGGAUAUUUUGAUGUUUUAUCAAAUGGUGAUAUACUGCUUGUGAAAAAGGUUGAUUAUGAUACAAUGGGUGUUAAUAAGGUUGUUGAAUUUGAAUCAAUUGUCAAUGAUGGUACUUCAUCUGCUACGGGAACUGUUAAAAUUACCGUUUUGAAUACUCUUGAUGUGAUAUUAAGCUGUAACCCAUCAUCUUACGCUUUUGCUGUCAAUGAAGACGUUGCCGUCGACUCUUUAAUUGCUAAUAUUUCAUGUACUGAUGAUGAACCACUUUCUUUUUCGUUCAAGUCGGGUAAUAUUGGUAAUGCUUUCAAACUCGAUUCUAAUCUCUUAAAAGUUAAUGAUCCUGGUUCUGGCUCAGUGUUAGAUUAUGACUCUUUAUUGGCAAUCUAUGAUUUAGUAAUCAGUGCGACAGAUGGAUCAACAGUUUUUGAUAUCUCAAUAAAAAUAACAUUGUUGCCAGUUAAUGAAUUUGCUCCUGUGUUUUUUGCAAAAUCCAUAAGUGUAAGUGAAGAUGUUAUUUUGGACUCCAUUGUUGGAAAUUUCACAGCUGUUGAUAAUGAUUACAGUCCGCAUAACGCAUAUAAUUAUGCAAUUAUUAAUGGUGAUAUCAAUCGUCAAUUCAUUAUUAACUCUAUUACUGGUGUUAUCAAGGUGGCAAAAGCUCUUGAUCGUGAAAGUAUACCGUCAUACGUAUUAACUGUCUCAGCAUCUGACGGUACAACGACAGCUGAAGGAAACUUAACAAUUACCAUAGUGGAUGCGAAUGACAAUUUUCCAAAGUGUAGUCAAAGCGUGUUUAUACCUCCCCCAUUACAAGAAAACUCUGCAAACGGAACUGUUGUUCAGUCUUUGAGUAGUUGUAGUGACUUGGAUGAUGGGAAUUUCGGAAAUUUUGAAUUUAUUCUGAAUAAUGGAUUUGGAAAAUUUGUAAUAAAUUCUAAUGCAGUUACAGUCAACAAUAAUAUUGAUUAUGAAACAGAUAUUUACAAAUCAUAUACUCUCACAAUAACUAUGACAGAUAAUAUUGCUAGCUCCCCCCAACUAAGUGAAAAUAUUACAGUGAUAAUAAACAUUGAACCAAUAAACGAUAAUUUGCCUGUUUGGGCGUCUAAUUAUGUUGGAGCGAGUAUACAAGAAAAUAUUUCCAUAAACGCAGUUCUCAUCGAUCUAGACGCUACAGAUGCAGAUAUAGGAAAUAAUGUCGAUAGCAGUUUAACUUUUGCACUAAUCAAUUCUACAACGAAUCUGGGGCAAGAUUCUUCACCGCUUUUUAAUAUAAAUCCUUUAACUGGAGAAGUAUCUAUUGCUCAAACUUUGGAUGCUGAUUUGGGAGUGACAGAACACAGGUUAUAUAUUAAGGUGGAGGAUGCUGGAGUUGUUCCAAUGAGCUUAAGUGCGACAGUAACGCUAACCUACACCAUAGAGGACUUUAACGAGUAUACUCCACAAUUUGAUAAAUCCGUCUAUGUUAAUACCUCUAUGGAGAAUGAAGCUGUUGGAUCCACAGUUCUCACAGUUACAGUCUCUGAUCAGGACGCUACAUCCAACUUCUUUUUUGCAAUAACAAGCGGAAAUAGUGCUGGACACUUUGAAAUAAUUUCUUCAGGAAAUCAGGGUUUUAUUAAGAUCAAAACCCUCAUAGACCCUGACUCAGGGGCAACUGCCUCCUCUUAUGAUUUAACUAUAGAGGUUACGGAUGGCCAUACCUUUCCAGAAGAAAAGAAAGCUACAACUCAUGCUAAAAUAGAUAUUAUUGGAAUAAAUGAUAAUCCUGUAACUUUUAGCAACCCAGCAACUUAUAAUAUGGCCGAAAAUACGCCAGCGGGAACAACCCUUUUUUCUGUGGUUGCUGCAGAUGUUGACUUUGAUAGCACUUUGACUUAUUCAAAGGGAUCGGGAGAUUCAAAUAACGAAUUUGCAAUUGAAAGCGAUGGAAAAGUUGUCCUUUUGAAACAUAUUGACUAUGAUACUCUAGCUGAUCCAAAGUACAUUACUUUUGAAGCGAUUGCAAAUGAUGGAACAAAUCAAGCAACAGCUACUGUUCAAGUGAACGUAACAAACGUAUCAGAUCUGACACCAAGCUGUAACCCUGCAACACUAGCUCCUAAUGUAAGCGAGACUGCCUUGGUUGGUCAUAUCGUUGUUCAACUAGACUGCUUAGACGAUGGAACUUUAUCAUAUUCAAUUACAAGCGGAAAUACAAACUCAGCUUUCAUGUUGGUUAACAAUCAAGUACAAGUCAGUGAUACUGGGUCUGGUUCAACAGACUUGGAUUUUGAUUUUGGAACAAGAAUCUACGAUUUGAUUACGGCUGUUUCUGAUGGAACCAAUACUAUAAACGUUCCGAUUACCAUUUCUGUUAUGCCUGUCGAUGAAGGUCCCCCCGUAUUUACCAAUGCCUCUAUUGACAUCUCAGAAGAUGCCAAAAUUGGAGCGCUUGUUACUACCUUCAUAGCUACAGAUGUCGAUAAAGACGUACAUGAUAUUCAAACUUAUAUCAUUUUAGACGGCAAUGUGGAAGGAAAAUUUAUCAUAAAUUCGAAAACAGGAGAAAUUACUAUAGCAGAUUUGUUAGAUUAUGAUGCAGGUACAAAGGCAUACGAUCUUAAGAUCCGAGCAUUCGAUGGGACAAACUAUGGAACUGGAUUCCUUACUGUUAAUGUUCAAGACACAAAUGAUAAUAUUCCUACUUGUUCCCAAAGCGUAUUUAUAAAUAAUACAUUAUCCGAGAAGUCUGUUGUAAAUACAUUUGUUAUGGAUUUGACAUCCUGUCACGAUGUCGAUGAUGGAGUCAAUGGUGAAUUUGACUUUUCUAUGACUGGUGAUAGUGGUAAUUUCCAAAUCGCAAGUAAAACUCUAUCAACAAAAACAACGUUGGAUUAUGAGUCUACAUCUAUGUAUUCUCUGAUUAUCAAAAUGACAGACAGAGCUGCUAGUGCUCCUAAGAAAACUGGAACAAUUACAGUUUUAGUUUAUCUUAUUCCUGAAAAUGAUAACACUCCGGUUUUUGAAGCUUUCGUUCCUGUAUAUAACCCAGCUACACACUAUUCAAUUGAUGAAAGUAUAGCAGUUGGAACAUCGGUCGCUAGAAUUGCUGCUUCUGAUGCAGAUUUACCUGCUAAUUCAGACGAUGCGAAAAUUGCAUUUAGCAUAAAAUUAAUAACGGCUAGUUUAGUAAAUACAUCUUCGGUUGCUGACGAAUCAUUUAAAAUUGAAACUGAGAGUGGAAUAAUUAAAACCACAAAAGAAAUCGAUCGGGAUACUUCAACCGGAGUUGAAUAUUUUGAGCUGGUUGUCAUGGCCUCCGAUCAGGGAAAUCCUUCAAAUUCAAUUGAAAGCACAAUUAGAAUUAUAGUUACUGAUGUUAAUGACAAUAAUCCAACUUUUCAACAAACUGUUUAUGAAUCGUCUGUAAAUGAGGGAUCUGGUAUCGGAAUUUCGGUACAACAACUUGCAGCUGCAGAUAUUGACCAGAAUCCUGUGUUUACUUAUAGCAUACAAUCGGGAGAUGAGGGAUUUUUUACAGUUCAUGCUAAUUCAGGACUCAUAUCGACGACAGCGAAUGCCAUUAACCUUGAUCAUGGAACAGCUGACAGCGCUUCGUAUACUUUAAUUGUUACUGUUUCAGAUGGUCAAUCUACAGCGAAAACAGCAACCGCGACCGUUUUUAUACAAGUAUCUCCUACCAAUGACGCAACCCCAGUGUUCAAUCCUAUUGUCAAUCCGUCAAUAGCAGAAACAGUUUCUGUUGGAGAAGUUAUUGGAGGUGUAACUGCCACUGAUGAUGACUAUUCGAUAGAUGGACAAAUUAAAUAUUUUAAAACCAGUCCAGAUAAUAUGUGGAACGUAGAUCAGAUAUCAGGUGACAUAACUCUAGCUAAGCCGAUCAAUUAUGAAAAUGCCAGUGAGCAUGAGAUAGUAAUAGAAGCAAGAGAUCAGGCACUAUCUAAUGCAAAAACUGCAACUGCGACGGUUACCGUAUCCGUGACAGACGUUUCUGACGAAGCACCAACUUGUCAACAGUACUCUUUUAUUGUCAAUCUUUUGGAAAAUUCAACAGUUUCUAGCCAAACUGGCAUUGACAUUAAUUGUGAGGAUGUUGACCUAAUGGAUGUUCCUGUGUAUAGUUUUGUAUCAGCUGUCAAUGAUUUUUACGUAAAUUCUACAACAGGAGUUGUUACAGUUGCUAGAGAACUUGACUACGAUAUAAUACCAAGAGCAUAUCAAUUUAAAGUUCGAGUUACAUCAAAUGGAACAAUGACUGAUAUACCUUGUACCAUAAACUUAAUACCAGUGAAUGAAUAUGGACCUGCGUUUUCUUCAAAUCACACUCUUUCAGUACCAGAAUCUUCAACUAUUGGUUCAGUCAUCUAUACGUACAUUGCUACGGAUUUAGACGCUGCACCGCAUGAUAUUAAAAAAUAUGAAAUAGCCUCAGUUUCGAACCAGGGAGAUGGAAAAUUUCAUAUACAGCAGUUUACAGGAGCUAUUAAACUGGCUCAGGAAUUAGAUUUUGAAAUUACAAAAAUAUAUGAUAUUACUGUCGUUGUUGUAGAUGGAGGAGGUCUUUCUGGAACUGGUACGGUUACCGUGUCAGUUACAGAUAUAAAUGAUAAUAUGCCUGUGUGUAAUCAGGCACGUUUUAAUGCUUUUGUAGAUGAAAACUCUAACACAGGUACAAGUGUUAUUGAUUUGGGAAUGUAUUGUUCUGAUGGUGACGAUAACUCUGGAUCCUAUGGGAAUAUUAUAUAUUCCAUUCAAAGCGGCGAUGAUACAUUGCAGAAAUUUUCCAUAAACUCAGCAAGUGGAGUUAUAACAACAACAAGCCAACCUCUCGACACUGAGGUAAAAGAUCGAUACGUAUUGACAAUUCAGGUUUCUGAUGGAACAUUCCAAAAAACUUACGAACUUUUGAUAACAAUAAAUGGUUUAAAUGAGCAUGUUCCAACUUUUAAUCCAUUACCUAGUAAUCAAACUAUUAGCGAAUUAGUACCCGUUGGAACAGUUGUUACAACGCUCUCAGCGAUUGAUAAUGACAAAAUAAAUACAUCUCAUUCUUCUUUAAUAUAUGGACUUGUUACAGUUCUUGAUUCUAACGGACUUGAUGCCAGGUCACUGUUUGCUGUUGAUUCUGGAACAGGAGAAGUUAUUACUAUAAAUGCACUAGAUAUUGAUAGCGGUAUAUCUUAUUUUGUGUUGAACGUAUCUGUGUCCAAUGCCGGCAGUCUGAUGUCCACUUCGUCGUUCAGAAUCACUCUUACUGAUUCAAAUGAACAUCAUCCAAAAUUUUCCAAAGACACAUUUAUUGCGACCGUCAAUGAGACUGAUAUACCUGGUACAUCUAUUAUAGAUCUCGAAGCGUCUGAUUCUGACGCAACUCAAGUUGCUUGGAUGUUCUCUAUUAUUAAUGGAAAUAGUGGAGGAUUUUUCAACAUCACUAAUUCAAACAACAUAGCAGUGAUAAGAGUUAAUAAAACAUUAACACCCGAUAUGGAUAAAGUUGACAAGUACAUCCUUCAAGUUGCAGUUUAUGAUGAUUCUCCAGGAGGCUUGGAAACGAAAACAGGAACAACUACAGUUAUUAUAAAUAUAAAUGGCAUAAACAAUCAUUCUCCCGUAUUUGCAAACAACCCUUGGACUCAUAAUAUGCCCGAAAACACUGUUCCGGGAACGAAUAUUCUUCAAGUUACUGCUACUGACAAUGAUUUUGGAAUGGACGCUUCUUUGUCCUAUUCGGAGAUUGGUGGAGAUGUCAAUGACACUUUUGGUAUAAAUCCAUCCACUGGCCAAGUAUACCUAAAGCACCAGCUGGAUUAUGAUAGUUUAACACAAGAGCAAAGAACAGUUGAGCUGGUUGUCAAAGCAACAGAUGGCGCUGCCACCCCUCAUGCCUUGACGGGAACGACAACUGUUCAAAUAACUAUCAUGAACGUGAACGACACAGUGCCAAGUUGCACACCAGCAGCUAUAAGUGCCCCUGUUCGUGAGUCGACCGAUGGAGCAGGUUCACUUAUUGCAACAUUUAACUGUUUUGAUGACCAAAUUUUGACUUAUAACAUAAAAAUGGGGAAUGUUGGGAACGCUUUCGAUAUAGACCCAAGAUCAGGCGAUAUAAAAGUCUUCGAUCAAGGUGGAAGCACUAGUGAUAUUGAUUACGAUAGUCCUACCAAACCCAAGAUUUACAGUCUAAUUGUAAAUAUCACUGACGGUAGUGGUAAUACAGUGGAUAUUCCUGUUACAAUAAAUGUCGUUGCCGAAAAUGAGCAUAAUCCUAUAGCUUCGAAUGCAACUGUGUCUAUUGCCGAAGAUUCUAGCAUUGGCGCUGUAGUACAUAUGUAUAGUGCAAAUGAUGCAGACGCAUCUCCUCAUGAUAUUGUAAAGUAUGAAAUCACACAAACCAAUCCUCCGUCAGGUAGUGGAAGUUUUACAAUUGACCAACUGAGCGGGAAAAUUACUUUGAGUAAAUCUUUGGACUAUGACAACUCUGAAAAAUUAUUUGAAUUAGUCAUCCAGGUUACUGAUGGAGGAGGUUUACUCUCCUCCGGUACGGUUACUGUUUCUGUUCUUGAUGUGAACGACAAUGUCCCAUCCUGUGAAGCAAAUGUAUACCAUGGAACAAUUGCUGAAAACACGCCUCCUGACACUGAUGUUUUACACAUUACUGGAUGCACAGAUAUUGAUACUUUCGGAAAUAUGGGGGAAAUUGAAUUUUCCAUUGUUAGUGGAGACGAUAAUAGUCAAUUCAAAAUUGUUAAUUCAACUGGUAUAAAAUUACAAACUACUACAACAGAACUUGAUUAUGAAGUUAAAAGUAAUUACGACUUAACUGUGCACGUUCAAGAUAACAAUGGGGCAGUACCUCGACUAACUGCCGUUAUAAAAUUGAUUGUUGAGGUUACUGGAGUGAAUGACCAUAGUCCAAUUUGGCAAACGUUUACUCCAGCGUAUGUUCCAGUAGUGAAAUAUUCAAUUUCUGAAGAUAAGCCAAUAGGAACAAGUGUUUUUAAAGCUCAAGCAAUUGACAAUGAUAAAUUUGGAACAAAUGAUUCUGUUCUUGCUUAUUCUAUAAUUACCAUAAAUGCUACUUUUAACGAUAAUUCUGAAGCUAUUGAUCCAACACCAGCACUAUUCACUAUUGACUCUGCAACAGGAAUCGUAAGAUUAUCCAGAAAGCUUGAAAGAGAUACUAUAGAUUCUGAGAUGGGCAUGAAAGAUUGUUCAUUAUUGAUAUCAGUUGCUGAUAAGGGUGCAAUACCGUCUGUAACAACAACUUCAAUAAUUGUUCUUAUAACUGAUAUAAAUGAUCGAGUUCCCAUUCCUGAGCAAGCUAUUUAUAAUAUUACUAUUUCCGAAUCAACGGUCGUAAAUCAUAAUUUGCUAACACUAAAAGCAACGGACCAGGAUGUAACAGAUGAUAGCUCUUUCAUAUAUAACAUUGAAAGUGGUAACUCUCUGCAAAAAUUUCAAAUUAAUGCAUCUUCUGGAGCUCUGUCUGUUAAGACAGCCUUUGACUUGGAUGCAGAUACUAAUGACCCAUCUACCUACAAUUUACAUAUAUCCAUCUCUGAUAAUGAAGCAGCGGCUCUUACAGCAACAACAUCUGUUGUUAUAGUAAUUUUACCAACUAACGACUAUGAUCCUACUUUCAGUCCAGGAAAUUUAGACCCGAUAUCUGUUAAUGAGGGAACGUCUAUUUCAACAAGUUUACAUCAGAUACAGGCCACAGAUAAAGAUUAUGGCCAAGAUGGAAUCAUAACAUAUACUAUUGUAGAUGGAAAUUCAGAAAAAAUUAUAACCUUAGAUAGUAGCAACGGAAAAGUGUACCUGGCUAGAAAAUUGGACUACGAUAAUCCGUCGUUUAUACCGAAACAUUAUGAAUUCACGAUUAGGGCGGUUGAUUCAUCUUUUUCAGUACAGAGGUCGGUCACAGGAACUUUAACAAUAUCUGUGACUGAUUUGGGUGAUUUGGCUCCUACUUGCGAACAAUAUGCGUUCAGCGAAACUAUUACAGAAAACACAACUGUCGGAUACAUGAUUUUGACUUUAAAUUGUACUGAUCACGAUUCAUUUGAAAAUGUAACAUACUCAAUAUUAUCUGGGAAUGAUGCAGGAAAAUUUACUAUGAGCGGGGCAAACGUACUGCUUCAAGCAGAUCUCGACUAUGAAGAAGAAAUACUAUAUAGUCUUAUUAUUAAUGUGUCAUCUCGAGCAGACAGUGUCCUCAUUCCAGUUACCCUACACGUUACGGGAGUAGAAGAUAACAAUCCAGUUUUUUAUGUAGCCAGUCAAACAGUUACCAUUCCUGAAAAUGAAAACGUAGGAAACAUUAUAACGAACUGCACUGCUGUUGAUGGGGAUAGAGGAGUAGAAGGAAAAUUAAAAUAUUCAAUCGUAGCUGUUUCUCACAAUGGAGGGUCGCUAUUUACUCUAGAAUCAGCUACUGGAAUAUUAAUUUUAGCAGGCCCCUUAGAUUAUGAUUCUCAGACAACAUAUGACAUUGUAGUCGAGGCUACUGAUCAAACGACAUCUAUUAAUCACACAGUUACAAUCAAUAUAGAAGACGUAAAUGAUAAUAUUCCUAAAUGUCCGAUGGCGGCCUAUUCAGUUCAUAUAGCCGAAAAUUCAGCUCCCUCCCUUCUGGUAAAAGACUUAUCCAACUGUACCGAUAGUGAUGGAACAUCACCAUUUCAUACCUUUACAUUGUCGAUAAAUAGCGGCGACGAUGUUACAAACAAAUUUGCAGUCAGUGGUAAAAGUAUUUUAACAACAUCAAACGUAAUAGAUUAUGAAACGAAAAAUGAAUAUACUUUAGAAGUGUUUAUGAUUGACAACAAUGCAGGAACUCCAAAACAAACAGGCACGGUGACACUGCUAGUACAUGUCUCUCCGGUAAAUGAAUUCGGGCCCAGUUUCUCUCCAGUCAGUCUUGUUUCUCUUGAAGAAAAUUCUUCCGUUGGCACAUCAGUUGUCACUGUCGUUGCAACAGAUGGAGAUAGUAAUAGUAGUCCUGAUGGACAGAUAUCAUAUUCGAUUGAAUCGGCAAAUGAUAGCUCCCUUAACAAUGCAAUUGAGUUCUUUAGAAUAGAUCCAAUCGGAGGAAAAAUUACUACAACGAAGUUGUUUGAUUAUGAAUCAAUAAAAUCUUACUCUAUAUAUGUUCAAGCAUCUGAUGGGAAUGUAUCACCAAUAACAUCUGUAUUACAAGUCGAUGUUGCUAUAACUGAUGUAAAUGAUAAUUCUCCCAUUUUCAAUCAAAGCACUUACAGCUUUUCAGUCUUGGAAAAUGAAAUAACUAAUGCUACAAUUCAUAAAUUUAUUGUGACUGAUAAAGAUUCAGUAUCUACGAGCUUUAGUUAUGAAUUGCAAGCAACAGGGGUAGCAGCAGCUAAAUUCAGUCUAAAGAAUGGUAAUACUGAUGAGUUGUUACUAAAAGAGCCUAUUGAACCUGAUGGAAAUGCACCAGAGCCUACACAAUAUCAAUUAAUUAUUAAAUGCAAAGAUAAUGGAAGCCCUGAAAUGACAGCAACAGCAACGAUUCAUAUCACCGUCACUUCUGUAAAUGACUACAGUCCUGCCUUUGUUGCUGGUGUGAGCACUACUAUACCUCUACAAGAAUCCCAACCUGUUGGAACAAGUUUUCAAACUCUCACAGCCAAUGAUGAUGACUUUGGCCCUGCUGGAGAUAUAACUUACAGUAAAGUAGAUGGUACAGAUCCUGAUGGGUAUUUUGUAGUGGACUCAGGCACUGGAAAACUUUUCCUAGCAAGGAAAUUAGACUAUGAAAACCCUUUAAAUCGUAGUUUGUCUUUUAAAGUACAAGCAAUAGACUCGGAUUUAUCAAGUCCUAGGACAGGUACAAUCGAAGUAACUGUUAAUGUUGGUGACGAUGACGAUAACCCUCCUGUGUGUCAAGAAAAGUCUGUUACUGUGUCAUUUAAUGAGACUACUCCAGUUAACACGCUUAUUGUUUCGCCCAACCUAAAUUGCGAAGAUCCAGAUUCAAUGGACAACAACCUUAUCUACUUGGUAAUGGGAAAUUUUAAUGAUGAUAUAAUUGUUGAAAAUAAUACCGCAGGCGUCAUAAAAUUUGCAAAUUCUCCAGACUACGAGAUUCAUAAACAAUAUAAUUUGGAAGUUAUUGCAAUAAGCAAGGGCAAAUCCACAACUGUCUUUGUAACGAUAAUAAUCAAUCCAAUCAAUGAUAAUGAUCCGAUAUUUGCAUCGAAUAUGACUAUCAGUAAAUCUGAAGAUAUUCCAGUUGGUGAAAUAAUUUCAACAUAUCAAGCCUCAGACUUGGAUUUAGGUGCUGAUGGUAUAAUUACUUACGAAAUAAGCAGUGUUACAAAUUCUGGCAUUAUGCACUUCCUGAUAAAUAGUAUCACAGGAGAGAUAAAACUAAAGAAACAACUGGACUUUGAGCAAAAUAAAGAUUUUACUAUAUCUGUUAUAGCCACAGAUGGCGGAACACCUCCCAGAAAAACUUACGGUUUCAUUAACCUGACGGUAACAGAUAUAAAUGAUAAUGCUCCAAACUGUUUAAUCAAAACAGCAGUCAUAGUCCAAGAAGAGGCGACUUCUUUAGGAAAUUUACCCUUACAACUUAUUCCAGAUCUUGGCUGUACUGAUGCAGAUUCUGGUGUAAAUGGGGCUUUAAGCUACACCGUCGUUGAAAAUUCAGGUGCUAAUAUUUUUUCGAUAAAUCCAGGCUUUUCUGGGAGAGGAGAAUUGAAUUUGACAAAUAGCAUGGAUUAUGAAACGAAGCGUGACUACACUUUGAAAAUUACUGUCCAAGACGGAAGAUUAAAAUCUGUAGAAAUUCCAGUUAUCAUAUCAGUUAAGGCUGUCAAUGAAGCCGGCCCUGUGUUAUUAAAUCAAAUAGUCACAGUGAAAGAGACUGAUCCAAUCAAUACAGAUGUAACAGAUAUGAUUGGAACUGAUAUUGACAGCAAUGACCACCCACAUGGUACACUAAUCUAUAGUAUUGUUGACGGAGACCCAAGUAAUAGAUUCUUCAUUGACCCUCUUAGUGGGAGAGUCAAAAUAGCUGGUCCAUUAGAUAAAGAAAUGCAAUCAGUAUAUCAUUUAAUUAUAAAUGUAAUAGAAGUUGCAGAAACAAAUUCCAUCAAUGCAACUCUUACUGUUAACAUUGCAAAUGAGAACGAUAAUAUACCAAACUGUACUGUCAAAUCUUUCAUUGUAUCUGUUCCUGAAAAUACAAUGGUCUCUCCUGUUAAUCCUUAUGAAUUAAUCAACCUUGGUUGCUCCGAUAGAGACAAAAACAAUUUGACUUAUGCUUUAACAUUUGGUGAUGGCUCCUAUUUUGAGGUAAAUUCGUCUGGAAUAGUCAAGUUGAAGUCUGUUGUUGAUUUCGAUGGCCCAAGUAACCUUCGAGAAUUCAAUCUCGUUAUUAGUGUAUCAGACACUAAUUACACUAUCACAAUAAGAGGAAAAGUUGUUAUUGUCCCUGAGAAUGAAGGAACACCAAACUUCACAGCCAACGUUUUCCUUAUAAGUGUUAAUGAAUCUGCUGGCAUAGGUUCAACAUUAUUAAGAACAGAAGCUACCGAUAUCGAUUCUCCUGACACAAGUCACGGCAGAAUAACUUAUUCAUUUAGCAAUGGGUCACAUGAACCAUUUAUCAUUCAACCAGAAACAGCAGAUAUAAUUUUGGCAUCAGGGCUCGAUAGAGAAACUAAAGACUCCUAUGAAUUUGAGAUCAAAGCGUCAGAUGGUCAACUAAGUUCUUCUGUUUCUGUUACGAUCCAAGUGACAGAUGUAAAUGACAAUACACCCAAAUUUAAUCCCCUAACUUACUUCAAAGCAGUUAGAGAGAACGAAACAGUUGGUAGCAGCGUGAUCACUGUGCAUGCUACUGAUUUGGAUGAUCCUUUAACGAAUUCUCAUGGAAACAUAUCUUACUCGAUCGAAUCAGGAAAUGUUGGAUCAGCUUUUAGCAUUAAUCCGGUAUCUGGCAGAAUUGACAUCUCAGCAUCUCUGGACUAUGAAAGUAUAAAAUCUUAUGAGAUAGUUACUAUAGCUGUAGAUUCUGAAGGAUCGGCGGUAUCCAAAACAGGAACAACCUUAGUAGUCAUAAAUAUUGAACCAUCGAAUGAUAAUAUUCCAGUUUUUCAACUAACUCCAUAUUCAACGUCCAUACAAGAGAAUCUGCCUGUGGGAUCGUCAGUAUUUCAAGUUAGCGCUACGGAUGCCGAUGAUGACAUUGAUGGCAGAUUGUUUUUCACAAUGAAUAAUCAUCCUAAAUUUCAUCUAGACUCUGAAACAGGAAUCAUAUCUGUCAAAGCUUUGUCUGAUUAUGAAAUUUUAGACGAGCGAUUGUUCACCUUCACAAUUAUAGCAACUGAUAUGGGACAGCCUCCUAAUAGUGUUGCUCAAAAUCUCACAAUAAUGAUUACAGACGUAAAUGAUGUAAGUCCUGUCUGCACGCCUAAGUUAUACACUAAAACCUUAAGGGAAGACGCUCCAACUUCAACAAUUGUUCUUGCUCCAUCUUGCUCAGACGAAGAUUCUGGAAGUAAUGCAGAAUUGGAGUAUGCAAUUUUAACACCUCCAGGCUCAUCUGGAGAUUUCAACAUAAAUGCGACAACAGGCGAAGUAUCGUUAGGUACAAGCUUAGAUGCUGAAGUUACUCAAAACCACUUGAUUUUCAUCAGAGUAUCAGAUCGAGGUACCCCUUCUUUGAGUACAACUGCCAGUAUAAUGGUUACAGUCACUGAUGUAAAUGAACACUUUCCGGACUUUGGUAACUCAACAACAAACAUUACUAUUAAUGAAGAUUUAUCUGUAGGGUCAACUUUUGCCCAGAUAACGGCUACAGAUGAAGAUGUUGAGAAAAAGAUAUCCUAUAGCUUGCAUCCCUCAUCUGAAACAUUUGAUAUUGAUACAAGAACUGGCCAAAUUAAACUUUUAAAACAAUUAAAUAGAGAAUCGAUCAACUUUUACCUAUUAACAGUUAGAGCGGUCGACUUUGGUAUAAUAGACGAAGUUAAAUAUCUUGACCAUAAUUUAUCAGUAAACAUUGGAGAUAUAAAUGAGAGGCCAACUUUCUCUCCCACAACAUAUGUCGUAUCAUUAGCCGAAAAUUUUACAAUUGGCAAUACUGUUAUUGUUGUUUCUGCUUCCGAUGAUGACCUUAAUGCAGAAGGAACCAUAGAUUAUUCAAUAUUUUCCGGCAAUGCAGAAAAUAAAUUUUCCAUCAGCAAAAACAAUGAUGGAAAUGGUCAACUUGUUUUAUCAGCUGAAUUAGAUUUUGAAGUUACAAAAGAAUAUACGUUGACCAUUUAUGCUGCCGAUAACGGAAUACCAUCUUUAACGUCAUCUGCUAUCGUAAAUAUUAGAGUUACAGGAAUAAAUGAGGCAUCACCAAUUUUCAGUCAAAAUUUUACAGAAUCUAUCAGUGAACUAGCUGCAAUUGGUCAAGUCAUUCAGACAGAAAUUGCAACAGACAGUGAUCAUGGAAUAGAUGGUCAAAUCAUAUAUUCCCUGCUGGGUAGUGACUCAUCGAUUGUAACUAUUGAUGCAAUUACUGCCACAAUAAAAUUAGUGACUUCUUUAGAUAGGGAAGUUAAAGACUCAUAUACUAUGGUUAUUCAAGCAAUGGAUCUAGGGGUUCCUUCUAAAACUGGAAGCGCUACUUUGGUUUUAACUGUAACAGAUAGAAACGAUAAAAAACCUGUUUGCUCCCCUGCUUCAAUAGUAACUUCAUUCCCUGAAGAUAAAACAGGAUCUUUGGUCACAUUAAAUUGUACGGAUCUUGAUUCAGCCAUUUCUAAUUUCAAUGUUAUUUCAUAUUCACUAUCUGGUAGUGACGCAUCUCAUUUCCAGGUUGAUUCCAGUACAGGAGAAAUAAGUCUUGGAAAUGGAUUAAACUUCGACUAUGAAACAAAAAAAUCUUUCAAAUUUUCAUCCACUGCAAUGGACGGCGGUGGUAGUCUCUUAAAUGUUCCUGUAUCCAUUCAAAUUACUGGAGUAAACGAGCAUAGUCCUGCUUUUUCAUCGUCUACAUUUAAUUUAAAUAUAUCCGAGAGCACUACUGUUUCUACUUCUGUAGCAUCCUACACAGCUGUUGAUGAUGAUCAUGGAAUAGAUGGCGAAUUGCGUUAUAAGAUUUUUUCUGGAAAUGAGGACAACCACUUCAUUUACGACUCAAUCAGUGGCGAUUUGAUAGUAGCUACCGAUUUAGAUAGAGAUAUUUUACCCAAUAGUUUCUCAUUAACAUUGUUCGCUAUUGACGCAGGAUCUCCGAAUAGAACAGGAUCAGCAACGCUGCUUAUUACCUUGAUCGAUACAAACGACAACUUCCCAACUUGUAAUAUCACGCUAUAUGGUGGAGUAGUUACAGAAGGAGUUACUUCAAACGGAUUCACAAUUGUGACUUUAUCGCAAUUCUGUAGAGACAUUGAUGAAGGCGUUAAUUCUCAAAUAGCUUAUACAAUAACAAACGGUAACGAAGCAGGUAUAUUUGAAGUGGAUAGCAACACAGGGGAAGUAAGGGUGGCUGACAAUACAGCCAUUAAUGCAGAAGCGGCUCUAAAACAUUACCUAACCGUAAAAGUCGCUGACCAGGGAACACCUGCCAAUUAUAUAGAAGUUUUCAUUAGUAUCAAAGUUCUUGACACCAAUGAAGCUGCUCCUGUAUUCUCUAAUGCUCCAUAUACAUCUACUCUAAGAGAAAACUCUGACUUAUAUGAAAAAGUCUAUUUGGCUUCAGCUACAGAUACUGACAAGGGCAUAAACGGAAAGUUUUUCUUCUCAAUAGUUGGAGGCAACACCGAGGGAGCAUUUCGUAUUAACUCGGAUACAGGCUUAGUGUACUUAAAUGGAACACUAGAUAGGGAAAGAUACGAUACUUAUAACUUAAUUUUAAGAGUAACGGACAAAGGUCCUAAUGAACUAAGCAGCGAAACGACUCUUACAGUGAAAGUUACCGACUAUAAUGACAAUAACCCAAAUUGUUCAACAACGAACUAUUUACAUGUAAUGAACGAAAGCUCUGUAGUUGGAACAAGUAUUUUAACAUUAGAUUGUUCUGAUAUUGAUAAUGGAAGUAAUGCAGACCUACGUUACUCGAUAUAUAGCGGCGAUUUAAAGAAUCAAUUUGAAAUUGAUGCCGUUACUGGAGAGCUUACAACAACAGCUGUUUUAGACUACGAAACUGAUCAAUUUUACAGUUUAGUUAUUAAAAUAACUGAUCAAGCUGUCAAUGGACCACCAAGAACAGGAACAUCUACCGUCAUAAUAAAUAUUUUACCUGUUAAUGAGCAUAAUCCUGUGAUAACAGGAGCUUAUGACUUUUCUAUUUCUGAGGAUGUGGAUAUUGGCUAUGUUCUAACCACUGUAACAGCCACUGAUCAAGAUAGUAUUACAAAUUUACAUGGAGUACUUCGUUUUUAUAUAACAGCUGGGAAUGAUGAAAAUCACUUUGUAAUAGACGAAUUUUCAGGGAAAAUAAAGACAGUUUCAAAACUUGACAGAGAAGAUGUUCAAAGUUACAAUCUCAAAGUGGAAGUUGAGGAUAGCGCUAAGAGUGCUGGAGAUGUUAGAACUGCUGCAAUGAAUAUAACAAUUACAAUUACUGAUGUAAAUGAUAAUUAUCCAAAGGUAACACCAGCUGCUUAUUCAACGUCUGUAUCAGAGUCUAGUUCGAUUGGCCAGACGAUAAUUUCUAUAGUUGGUACUGAUGAUGAUAUUGGAUCCAAUGCCCAAUUAACGUAUUCGUUUAUAUCUGGAAACUCAGAUUCAGCUUUUGCUCUGACAAAUCAACAUUUGACAAUAGCCAAAAAGUUGGAUUAUGAAACAAAGAAACAUUAUGUUUUGCACAUAGCAGUAUCUGACAGUGGAACACCAUCACUUACAACUCAGGCUCUUGUGACAGUUAGCGUCUUAUCAUUCAACGAAUAUAGCCCUGUUCUAUUUCAAACAAGCAAUAGUAUUCAAAUAUCAGAAGAUAUUGCAGUAGGUUCAUUGAUUUACACAGCCAGGGCAUCAGAUUCAGAUAACGGACAAGCUGGAAAUGUGAGAUUUUCAAUAACAAAUGGCAAUCCUUCGAAUUCCCACUUUUUAAUUAAUCCGAUAACGGGAAGUGUAAUAGUGGGUACAAAACUUGACUAUGAUGGGAUUUACAAAUCCUAUACUUUAGAAAUUACAGCAAUGGAUAUGCAGGGACUUUCAAUUAAUGCCAAAUCUCACAAAAUGAACUUAACCAUCACUCUCACUGAUGUAAAUGAUAAUUGGCCUCUCUUUACCAAAAAUACCUACAUUAAGCAUGUGAAAGAGAAUGUCGUGAGUAGUCAAUUGAUUACAACUGUAACUGCAAAUGACCCGGAUAGUAGUAAUUUCGGAGAUACGCAAUAUUAUUUGAUUGGAGGGGAUGGAAAUGGAAAUUUCUUGGUUGAGGCAUCUAAUGGAGAAGUCAGAGGUGGCGUUACACCUGACAUCGACUAUGAAAAGAAAAAGGAAUAUAACUUAAUUAUAAAGGCAGUCGAUGGAGGAAAUCCACCAAAGUCAUCCACUUGUCUUGUCAGAAUUCUAGUAGAUGAUGAGAAUGAUAAUGCAGGAAUUUUCCAUCCCUCUAAUGUUAGAGUAGCUAUUGCCGAAAAUCAACCAGCCGGAACAAUUAUAACGAACGUCUUUGUAACGGAUGAUGAUACGGGCUUAAACGGUCAAACAACAAUUUCACUGGAUUUCUCUAGUAACCCUAACAAUUUCUUUGCUCUAAGGACAACUGGAUCAGGAAAUGCUGAGAUUACAACAGCUAAAGUUUUAGAUAGAGAAAAUCAUGGUCAACAGCAAGAAAUUCGGCUGCAUGCUGUUGAUGCGGGAACUCCACAGCGAACUGCAACUACUACUGUUUAUAUCGAGAUAUUGGACGAAAAUGAUAACGGUCCUAUCUUUGAUGCAGUACCAAAUGAUUUACGAGUUUGGGAAAAUGCUACAGUUGGCCAAAAUAUAUUAACGGUGCAUGCGACAGAUGCUGAUAUAAAUGAAAAUGCUAAAUUAAGAUAUUUCAUCAUUGAUGGAGAUUACCUUGGAAAUUUCUUCAUUGAUUCAAUAUCAGGCCAGAUUAGAGUACUUCGAACGCUAAAUCGAGAAUUAUUCUGGAAUUAUAAACUAACAGUUAAAGCAAUAGACAGUGGUGUGCCCCAAAAAUCAGCUGAAACUAUAGUUUCAAUAAUUAUUCUCGAUGUUAAUGACGUAAUUCCACAAUUUCCAGACGGCUAUACUUUCUCUUUAACUGAAAAUGCUGCCGUUGGCAGACCUGUUGGAACUAUUAAAGCAACUGAUAAAGAUAUAGGAGGUAAUAGUCUAUUGAUCUAUAGCAUUAAUAGAGCGCAAGUGGGAAGUGCAAAUCAUUUCAAAAUUGACUCAAAUACUGGUACAAUAUCAGUUAACAUUGCUAGCAUAGAUCGAGAAACAAUUGCCACAUAUGUCCUAUGGUGUAGAGCAUCUGAUUCGGGAUCUCCCCCUCUGUAUGCUGAAACGAGAGUGACAAUUAACGUAAAUGAUUUGAACGACAACGCUCCGAAAUUUACCAAACCCUUGUUUACUGGCACCGUAACAGAAACCUCACCAUCAGGUCAACAGGUUGCAUUAAUUCAAGCUGUUGAUUUGGAUGCCAAUGCUAAUGGAAUAGUUUUCUAUUCUUUUAAGAACGCAUCAAUAGGACAAUAUUUUAGGCUUGAUACAAAUACCGGUAACUUAACAACCCUUCAAGUCUUUGAUAGAGAGAAAACGCCAGAAUUCAAAUUCCAAAUCAGAGGCUACGAUAAGGGCAACCCACAAUUAGACUCUUUUGUUCCUGUUCAUAUAACUAUAGCUGAUAUCAAUGAUAAUCGACCCUUCUUUCCAAGGAGUAUGAUCAGAAAGCAUGAAAUGGCUCAUGACGAGCCUAUUGGAGCAAUUUUAUUUCAAUUUACGGCUAUUGAUUAUGACACUGGAAAAAAUGCUGAACUCACCUAUUCAAUAUUGGACAGCAACGAUAUUUUCGAAGUAGAUGGAAAAAGUGGUAAUGUAAGUUAUAAAGCCACAGCUCAAGAAGGAGCAACAUAUAAUUUUGACGCAACUGUAUCUGAUGGUGGAAUACCAAAACUCUCAGACACAACAACAGUCACCGUCGUGACUUUUUCAAAAGUAAAAGUUUGUGUAGCUAUCAAGUUAGGCAUAUCCGAAUCAGAAUUUAGCACAAAGCAGAAUGACUUCACAUCAAAAUUACAAAAUGAGCUUCAAAAGUCUAUUCCUGAUGCAAAAGUUAAAAUGUGCGGUGAUCCUAGUCCGACAGGAUCUCCAACUUCUCGACGUCUAUUACAAGCAUCAACAGUUACCAUAUAUAUCUAUGCCACAAAAGGAAAUGAUUCUGUGUCAUCUGACUCAUUCAUUCAAAAAGAUGAUUUGCUUAAAGUACUGAACUCUAAUAACAAUGGCAAUGGAGGAAUUUUAAACGGACCAGAAUUUAACCAAUAUAGUGUUUCUCAAGUUACAUCUUAUCCAACUGUAACACAAACAAGUAGCACGCCAUGGAUUGAGACUACAACUGGAAUAGCUAUUGUUUCAUUUGUUGUAAUAGUUUUGCUGUUCCUCAUAGUAGUGAUUAUUUUUCUUACAAUUUAUGUAAUGAAAAAUAAAUCUAGAAGAGCUGUUUCGCCAAUUCUUCCUACGGCCCAUACCGACGCUGAACCUCCUGGAUAUCAGCCGCCUUCAAAAGUUGUUGUAGCCCAACAUAACCAGCCAUCAGAUGACAACUGGGGUGCAAGUGUUGAAGAGCCUCAGCCCACUACAUCUAGUAUAAACACUGGUUCGAAAUCACCUCCUCCAUCAACUAAUUAAUAUCACAAUUAUUAUCAAAUAUCACUUAUUCACGAAUUCAAUCGGCAAGAGUGGCCUUACGUCCAAUGACAGCGAAAUCUUUGAGACGUAACCCAUCUUCGAAAGUUAAAUCAUCAGAGGAUGAACAAUCACUGACAGCUGUCGACAUAUAACUUUAGGUAUAAAAAAAAGUAAAAGACAAAAAAUAUGAAAACCAAAAAAAGAAAAUUUUAGUCUCCCUAAAAACUGCAUACCUCAAUUCUUGAUUCAAAAUUGAACUUGAAAUUUACUUAAUGUCACAUCUCACCGCCAUUCUGAAAAGAUUGAUCAAAUUUUGCACAAAAUCAAUAAUAAAUAUUAUCGAAAGAGUAUAUAAAAUGUAUUCCUCUUGAAGCUAAAAACUAAUGAUGAUAUUUAUUCCUAAAAUAUAUAUUUUCGAAGUUUAAAUAUACAAAAGUUUUCCAAAUGACCUUUUUCGAAUACUAAUAUUUUUCUGCAAAUAUAACUCUGCAAUAGAAAUUUGCUAUGAAUACAGAACAAA